GGGCUCGGGAUUUUCCAGAAGUCGGACUUUACAUUGUUCCCUCUGAGGUCAAGGAGCACAAGAUGGUUUUGGAACUGUUGAGCCCAGUGAGUUAUAACAUCACCAGCAUGGUGCCUGAAGUCAUGCCUGUCACCAUCAUGCCAGUCCUGCUGCUCACUGGUCUUCUUCUCUUGAUUUGGAAUUAUGAGGGCACAUCCUUAAUACCAGGUCCUCGCUAUUGUAUGGGAAUUGGACCCCUCAUUUCCCACGGCAGAAUCCUGUGGAUGGGGAUUGGCAGUGCCUGCAACUACUACAACAAGAUGUAUGGUGAAUUCAUGAGAGUCUGGAUAGGUGGAGAGGAAACACUCAUUAUUAGCAAGUCCUCAAGUAUGUUCCAUGUAAUGAAGCACAAUCACUAUAUCUCCCGAUUUGGCAGCAAACUUGGGUUGCAGUGCGUGGGUAUGCAUGAGAAUGGCAUCAUCUUUAACAAUAAUCCAGACCUCUGGAAAGUAAUUCGGCCUUUCUUUAUAAAAGCUUUGUCAGGCCCUGGGCUUGUUCGGAUGGUGGCGGUUUGCGUUCAGUCCAUUGUAACGCAUCUGGACAGGCUGAAGGAGGUAACCACUGAGUCGGGCUAUAUUGACGUGUUGACCCUCAUGCGGCGCAUCAUGCUGGACACCUCUAACAUGCUCUUCUUGAGGAUCCCCUUGGAUGAAAAUGCCAUCGUGGUUAAGAUCCAGAGUUAUUUUGAGGCAUGGCAAGCUCUCCUUCUCAAACCAGAUAUCUUCUUUAAGAUUUCUUGGCUAUACAAAAAGUAUGAGAAGUCUAUCAAGGAUUUGAAAGAUGCCAUGGAAAUUCUGAUAGAAGAAAAAAGACACAGGAUUUCCACAGCAGAGAAAUUAGAAGAUUGUAUGGAUUUUUCCACUGAGUUGAUUUUUGCCGAGGUAUUUACCUGGACUAACCAUAAUUCCCACACAACAUACGUUAUGACUGUUUGUGUAUGG